AUGGCUGUUGGUAAUGUCCAGGAUUUAUUAGCAAAUAUGAACAAGAAGCACAAGUUGGCUUUAGAGGACUACCUCUACGUAUUUGGAGGUGUGUCUUCCUCUGAGAAGGUUCUGAAUGUGCGGUUACUGAAUCUUGAUUCACAAUGUAUGACGAUUCUUUUCAACCAUAAAGAUAUAGAAUACGAUAUUGAAAAGAUAAUUAUAUUUGAGCCACCUUUAGAAGAUCGUUCUGAGGCAACAGCUAGAUUAAAUCGUAUGGCUCGUGAAGCCGCCGCAAAACGUCAUCUAGCUCAUUUCCAAAUUAAUGAUAUGGUAUACCCACAAUCGUUCAUUGAAUACUUGGUUCUCUUGGGCGUUUUUUUGCCUAUGCUGUGUUACAAGUUCCGUCCCCUAUUAUACUGGUUACCAAUACCAUUACACAUCCGCCAAUGGCUGGAUAACGAUGUUAUCCUAAGGACUAUAAUGUUGUUAGAAGUUUUAAUGCACUUAGCAGAAACGUUGAUCUUUUUAAGACCUAAAUUGCAGUUUUAUAGAGUUCCACCGGACUUCCUCAUAGAAUGGUAUUUAUUUGGCAUAUUGGAAGGUUUUGCACCUGUGAAAAGAUUAUCAAGGAUGGCAGCAAGAGUUGAAGCAACCGGUAAUAUAGAGAAUUGA